UUCACAUAUUAUAAAUCUGAUUUGAGUUAUCUCCCUUGCGACCUCCAAAUUUUGGAGUCUCCGAGGAUGUCGAGGAUCGGGUACACUCAGGAUAUGCCCCCUCCCGGGGGAUACAAGCCGAUACAAUAUGAAAAAAUAAUGCCUAAACCAGGAAAUGCAUUUUUAAAGUUAGCAGGAUUGAUUGGCUUCACUGGAUUUGGAGUAAUUUCCUAUUAUCAAACAAGAAAAAUAUGGAGAUUAAGAAGGGUGGAACAGAAUGAUGCUAGAUUUGCUGUAGAACCACUCAUUGCUGCAGAGAGACAAAGAAGUACAAUGAUGCAUUGGAGGAAAGUCAGAGAUGAAGAGAAUGAACUGAUGAAAAAUGUCCCACAUUGGAAAACUGGUACCUUAUAUGGAGAACCAGUCUUUUACAAUAAACUGGGCAGAUUUGUGGAACCUAAUUUUGCAGAAUACUAUGCUCAUGUUAGUUCUAAAACAGCUGUUAGGCACAGAAAUGAAGCACGCAGACAUUAAAUAAACAGAUUAUUAGUUUCUGAAAUUAUAUGUAUGAAUGUAAUUAUAAAUGUUUGUUAAAUACAAAAUGACAUACUUUUA